AAAGUAUUUGUGUUCUCCCGCAGGGCAGGAUGCAGUCUUCAAACCACCGACUACGUGAUAUGGAGCAGCACCACCCGCUGCUUGCAGCUGGUGCAGAUGUAGAGACAGGCAUCCUGGGAGCCGGCGUGAUGGUUGGAGGUCCAAACUCCGGCCACACAGUAGGGAACCGCACUGUCUGGUUCAUUCAGGACAGCUGCGGGAUGGUGUGCGCCACCAUGACCUGGUUCCUGGUCCUAUACGCUGAGUUUGUGGUGAAUUUCGUCAUGCUUCUGCCUGCCAAGAACUUCUGGUACUCGCUGCUGAACGGGGCCACCUUCAACUCCCUGGCUGUACUUGCACUGGCAUCACACCUGCGCACCAUGUUGACCGACCCAGGUGCAGUUCCUAAGGGCAAUGCUACCAAGGAGUACAUGGAGAGUUUACAGCUUAAGCCUGGUGAAGUCAUCUACAAGUGCCCAAAGUGUUGCAGCAUCAAACCUGAAAGAGCACACCACUGCAGUAUUUGUAAACGAUGCAUUCGGAAGAUGGAUCAUCACUGUCCCUGGGUCAAUAACUGUGUGGGAGAGAAGAAUCAGAGAUUCUUUGUUCUUUUUACUAUGUACAUAGCAUUGAUUUCAGCCCAUGCUCUGGGCCUGAGUGGAAUGCAUUUCUUCACAUGUAUUAAGGUGCAGUGGAAUGAGUGCAGUGACUUCUCACCAGGGGUGUCUGUUCUGCUGCUGAUCUUCCUCUGUCUUGAGGCCAUCCUCUUCCUAACUUUUACGGCCGUUAUGUUUGGCACACAGAUUCACUCUAUCUGCAACGAUGAGACGGAGAUUGAGCGUCUCAAAAACGAGAAGCCAACAUGGGAGCGUCACAUGAGAUGGGAUGGAAUGAAAUCUGUCUUUGGGGGUCCGCCGUCACUUCUGUGGUGCAACCCAUUUACAGGCCUCCAUCUGCGCCGUCUGUUGGCGGGGACUCAGGGUCGCCGUGGCGGCUCAGAGUUUUCCGUCUGACAGUCUGGCCAGACAGAUUUGUUAUCGGUCCCCCCUGUGAGGACUACGGUGGACCUUCAAUUCCUCAGCCUGCCCUUUGAAGGGAACGAUACACAGGCUGCUGCAGCGGGACCACAAACAUCACAGCUGGCUGUAUAACACUCAACACUGUGUUAAUUUGCACUUGUGUUCUCAAAAUUGGGCUGUUUUUUCUUGAGCAGCAUUUCGAUUUGCUUGUGUGAAUUUUUUAUCUCACGUACUACAGCAGUCAAGUCAGGUCUGUCUCCAGGAACCAUCCAAACGAGUGUUGGAGAUGCACUUGUGUUUCUACAGCAUAUCAUUUAUCAACUCUGCAGUCGGGGAAAAGGAUCACAAGUGGGAGAAAUGCUCAGUACUCAUCUGGAUCCAGACAUGGAAAUCCCAGUUCAGGAUUUGCACUACUUCCUUUAUAACAGCCAUGUGUGUGCAGAGCACAAUAACUUUGAACUAUGUGCUCAGACAUGCAUGAACAACAGACACAUCUGCCAGCCUGGAAGUGGCAGCCUUUUAAAGACACCGGCCAUUGUAAACACAAGCCUUAUUCUUAGACAAGAGGACCAAAUGGCUUUUCUCAUCAGUUCGUCCUCCUCUUGUGUUUUUUUUUUUUUUUUUUUUUAAGUCUUUGGUAUUUUUGUUGUUACGUGAACCUGUAAAGAUAUUCUUCUAUUUUUAAGUGACUACUGAAGCCUUAUCACCAAGACCACUCCUCAACAGCUAUCCUACGUGCUCAUUUGGAUAAGGAAGUCAUUCUCAGUGUCCAUAGCUUUGCCAUUCAUCCCUGCUUACAUGCUGCCUAACAUCUUAGGAGCCUUUCUGAAACGAUAAAUUACUGAUACGUCUCCCUAAUUCAGGCUGUAGAUUGAAUGUAAUUUUUAAUGGUUUUCUAUUUGUGUUUAUCUUCAUGCUGUUAGAUGGAGGAAUAGAUCCAGAAACAUGGAGAGAUUGCAUUCAAACACUGAAACCUCACAAGCUGCUCAGAGCCAGAAUAGACAUGAUCAGUUUGCAUGCUGCUAAGCAACUAUGUGGUGUACCCUCUUGUUAAAGAAGACUGCACCAUAGUACAUCACUGGACUACAGAGCAACGCUUUUUUUCUCUUUGUAAAGUUGGUACAAACAGGAAGUCGUUUAAUUAUAAAAGCAUUAAGUCUGAACUGUGUUUGGGGGAAUUGCCUUUUUUUUCCCCCCUCUCCAUAGGUUUAACCCCAGCAAUAUCUGCCAGCAGGGCAGGAAGUGAUCAUGUUCAGGUGUUGCAUCAGAGCACUUAGGCUGUUAAAGUGAUCCAUUAUAUUUAUGACGCUCACCUUAACAGAAGUGAUAUGCCAGUAAGCACUUGAAACGGAUGCGUCUUGAAUAUAAGUUAGGGUUUAGUCUAAGAGGCUGAAAGUGCUUAAAUGAAACCUUUUCAGUCUGAUAUUCCCAGCGAAACGAUUUAGUGCUAUUUGUUCUCAUCUGUGGUGAUCAAGAGAAAUAUCUUCGCUGUUUACACUAUUGAUUAAAAUCUCAAAGAA